CCGAUACAGAGGAGGAGAGGUCCUUCCCGAGUUUCGAGACGUGCGCUUCUUCGUGGGAUGAAUAUGGCGACAGCAGUCUCGAUAGUGACAGACAUUGGUGUUCUUGCAAUAGUAGCAUCGGCAGUCUUUCCGCCGAUGGGGAAUUAGGUAUCGAUGCUUCAGAGAGUGAUUACAACACGGGAAAACUCUCCCCAUGUGCGGAAGCCGUGUGGAAAUGGAAUCCAUCCUAUAGUAAAUGUGACAGUGAACGUGGAAGGCAUUCGUGUAGUAACUGUGCCGAAGUGGAUGUUGGUUGCAGUGACAGAGAUACGGUGACAUGCCAGGUAAACCGAAUGUGCUUAAAAUGUGCGUAUCCCGGAAACUCCUUUUUUCCUCUCCUCCUCCUCCUCCUCCCCCCUCUCCUUCCUAUGAGGAAGGGAUGCUGUUCGAGCCUCAGUGUUGCGACGCCACUUGCCAAGAUACGACGGGAAAUGAAUCUGAUUUCAAGGGAACGGAAACUCUUUAUACUUCUUCUAAUCAUUUAUCUUUUUCAUUAGAUACUAGUCCCCUUAUCCUUUCAGAAGUAAAAGAGGGACAGAGUGGCAGCCUUUCGGCUCAUCAGUUAGGAGGCCAUUUUCGGUUUCCAGUGUCUUAUUCAGCCGAGCGAUCUUCACAUGAGGACCGCAUCGUCCUGCCACUAUGGCGGAACUCUCUCAUGACGAGUGACCCUUCCAAGAAAAAGAAUUGCGUAGGGGGGGAGGUAGUAAGGAUGAGGGGCCUCGUGAAGGGGACGGAUGGCGAUGCGUCGGGAGAGGCGGAAAAUAGGAAGGAUGAGACUGCCACACCUAACGCCGCAGUGCCACAACGACCGGCACUGAUACCUUUCUCAGUGUCUGCCGAGUCGCGCCCUGAUAAGCUAGUCCAUUUUUCUGCCUUUGUAGAAUCCUCCCAACUAAGGCCUACCAGAUGCUGUCGUGAGGAUGCGAGCGGAGUGAAAGAAGAGAGCAGAGAGGGACUUUUGGGUGACUUUGUUGUCACGAUGGCCAAGCAUCAAGGUCAAAAGCAAAUAGCGAUCAACCGUAACGAAUGUUAUCCAUGGAAUGCAGAAAAUGUAAAUCAACACAUAUCGCCAGGACACAUGAAUGCUAAACCAUCCCUGCAGUUGUCAUCGUCGUCGUCGUCGUCGUCGUCGUCGUCGUCGUCAUCGUCCUCAGCGCAACCGUUUUCUUUCCAAGACACGAAGAACCAACAACAGCAGCAGCAGCAGCAGCAGCCGUCAGCACCUCCCCCGUCUUUAAAUCUACAACACAAUUGUGUGGUUAUUAGUCCUUAUCACGAUGGAUGUGAUCAAUUUAGAUUUCAGAUGGACGACGUUAGGUCAAGUGAAAGAAAAGUGUCUUCCCAAAAUCAGUUACUAACAAGAAAUUCAGUUAUGAAUGGUGAUAAUGCAAUAAAAAGGAAAAAUUCAAUUCGUGAAACUGUUGAGGGUGAAAGUGUUUUGUCGGAUAUAUAUAAUGAAACACCGAAGUGUUCAGCAAAGGAGAAAAAAGCAAAAUCAGAAGAGUUUGUUUUCGAUAGCCUACCAUCUUUACAUUAUAGUCGAGUUUUCCCUAUAGUUAAAAACUCCGAUAGUUCAGAAAAGCUCUCUUCUGCUGCCUCUUACUUACCCUUUGCUGGUGUCUGCGGUUGCGAUGUUUCUACAUCGGAUUUGACCAACAAUGGUUUGACGUCUCCCAUCGCUCCCAGUUGCUCAUUACCUCACUCUCUCCUCUCAGUUCCUUCUCCUUCCUCUCUCCCGUCCCCUCCUCCUCCUCCUCCUCCUCCUCCUCCUCCUCCUCCUCCUCCUCCGUCCCUCCUCCUCCUGAGCAGUCCCUGCUGCAGCCAUCAAUGCAAUCUCUGGCAUCGCAGGUGCAAUCACAGAACAGUGAUAUUACAGUGCCAAAAAAUGUGCAUAGGGCGCGUGAGCCUCUUCUACCUUCUGUGCCGACCCCUCCGCCCUCCGAAGAGGCCCCUUGUCAUGGGCCAUCAAGAGCUAAUCCCAUAAGACGCAUUCAUUCCUUCAUUUCGAUAAAGGAAUUGUGUGAAUUGUUUCCUUGUGAUUGUUCGUUUCCUCUUGGUGAUUUCCGUAGGUUAGCAGCAGACCAUUGUUCAUUACCUAAUUUAAAAUCUAUUUCCGUUCUUGAAGGUGACUGUAUAAGGAACAUCUCUGUCAAAAGACGUCUAGUUGGAGAUGGUGUUAAGAACGGAAAGUUAGACGAGGGUAACAGCUUCAAUGUCAUAGAUAAUAUUGAUGUAGCAAACGGUGCCUUGGAUAGAGGGAGGAGGAGGAGGAGGAGGAGGAGAGCCAUGAGUAGAGGAGACGCGUGCCUUGAUGCAAAUAACUUUUAUGAUGGAACUGAUUGUUACGUUUCUCCGCCAUCACGGCUGCCUCCACCAUAUCAAGAUUCAAUACCACUUGACGAUGCAGAGAAAGGUGUUUUGGUAAGGGCGCUGCCAGCGACAGUACUAAGUACAAGUGACAGACAUUCGUUAAAUAUUCCUCUUCCUCGACCGUUUUUAAACUUACUGACUGCCGAGUCUAAUCAGCCAUCUCUCUCAAAGCACAAGGAAACUGGGAACACCAGGGAAAACAUAAAGAUAGCAAAGGAAAGGGGCCUCUCAAGUUGUAUUAACCUACGUUCAAGUAUUAACGAAGAGAAAAAAAGUGAAAGAACGCCGAGAGAGAGAAGUGCGCCGAACCACAGCGACGACUACGACAACGACCUAGUCUCUUGGCGGCACCCUGGUGGGAGUGAGUGCCAAGUGCCAAAACAGAAGGAGGAGGAGGAGACUGGCACUGUUAGUGUUGGAGGGUGGAGGACCUCGGGUAGUUGUGGAGAUGGCACGGUGGGGGAGGUACUCGGCGGCGGCGGCGGCGGCGAUGUUGCGCUGUUCUUUGGGCAGGUGAUAGGAGGCACUGUGCAGGUGUUGAUCGGAGAAGCAGUGUGCCACUUUCCACUCUGUGACAGCCAGGAUCAUUGUGAUUAUAAUGAGGAGGAAGAGGAGGAGGCCCAUGAUUGGGUACUGAGCAUGAGUGAUGGCAAUGACUGGGAACUUAGUAUAAAUAGUCAUGAGGAGGCUGAUGGUGAAUCAGUGACCAUGAAUAGUGACAACGGCAAUAUGGCGGCGGUGGGUGCCUCCUCACAUUCCACCCCUCCAAGUUUUAGGCGUCAUUCGUCCAACGUCUCAAGACUCCCGAGUUCUUUAUAUGGAUUUAAGAUUGCAAAUAGUGAGCACAAGAAAGUGAAAAAUUUGAUACCUCUCUUCAAUAACAGCAAAAGCUCAUCCGCUCGUGACAUCAACAAUACUGUUACUUUUCGUGUAAAAGGCGACUCGACUUGGCAGAAUAAUGCGAAUAAAACAAAAAGAAAUUCUGAUGUUUGUGAUAUGUACAUGUAUAGGGGGGCUGACAGUGCUACUAUUGGGGGAGAAAGUAGUGGAGUAUUAGGAGAAACUGGCGAUUUUGGAGAUGUAGGCAGUGGGGGAGUCAUUAAAUUAUGUGGUGUUAGUCUAGGAUCUCGCCCUUCGUCUCCAGAUACCAGUUCAAUGUUCCGCUCCCGAACAUUACCAAGAAAGUCUUCUCACCUACGGCUGUCGUCGUUGCCCCCGUCGCCUCAGUCGUUCACAGCGACGUGUACCGAUAUCCAGGGCAGUUUUUCUUCAUCACCAGUUUCCCUACGAUUACCGCAGGUCUCGGAUGAAAGUCCUUAUAAAGACUCUCCGGUGCGAUCCCCACCGCAUCCUUCCCCUGAUGAUGAUGCAGUGGCAUAUAGCACUCAAGAUGAGAAUUGCAGUGAUGAGGAUACCACGUAUGGCGCCAGCAUUCAGUAUCCAGUUCUAGCUGUUCAUACGAAGUCGAGUCACUUCCCACGACCAUUCGAAAGUUGGUGUCCUCCUCCUCCUCCUCCUCCUCCUCCUCCUUCUCCUCCUCCUCCUUCUUCUCCUCCUCCGCCUCCCCCUCCCCCUCCGCCCUCCCCUCCCCAUCCACCACCACCAUGUAAUGAAAAUAUGAAAGGGCAGAUGUCAGAAUUUUUUCAGAACGAGAAAAAAUGGAAAACAAAACACGCAGAAGGUUUUGCCCCUGAUUUUGAAUUACCCCAAAAUCUGUCUCAGGGUACACCAGUAAAAGCUCAGAGCUCUGAAGAAGUGAUGAGCUCUACUAAUGUCGUAGGAGCAGCACCGUUAACAGAAAAAUAUGAAGCUGAUACAGGCGAUGAACCAUCACUGGAACAUAUAAAUAAUGAUGAUGACUUUUUAAGAAAAAAUAACUUUGAACGAAUGGACGCACAGAAAUGUGAGUCGAAGCCAAUUUCUUGUCGGGUGGAUAUUAUUAAAACGCCUAUUAAGUCAGUGCAUCCAGAAGUCGUUUCCUUAUUUUCCCCAGGGGACAGACAGUCGAAUAAAAUUGUGGAAGAUGACAACAAGGACAAUGUUCUAAUUGAGAAUGACAAAUCUUUCCAAGAACUACAGAAAUUUUCAAAGCCAACAAAUUAUGAAAAUUAUGUUUCCAGUAAAGAACUGAAUUGUGUUAAACGUGAAAAAGAUUCACUCAUGGUAAUGAAUACGAGCCAACCAAAUAGCGCAAACGAACCGGUACCUUUGAAUACGAGCCAACCAAAUAGCGCAAACGAACCGGUACCAUUGAAUACGAGCCAACCAAAUAGCGCAAACGAAUCGGUACCAUUCGGGACGGAAAAUUUCCAGAAAACAUGUUUUCAGCGUAAUAAUAAUCUCUCUAGCAAUGAAUAUGCCGUUGCUGUGAGAACAUGCAGAGAUUUUCCUCUUGAAAUAAUUGAAGGAGAGAUGAAGCUGGAAAACAUUAUUGAUUGUAAUGUGACAGAAAAAGGUGUAGCGUCAUCUGACAUGUCGAAAAUAUCCAGAGAACUGAUGAUGACUAGGGAGAGGCGGCAUUCUUCUUCCGAAAAAGAGCCUUUAAUUAUUGUUGAAAAGGCAUUGCCGAUUUCUGAACAAAUACACAACAAAUCAUUUGAAGAAAAGGAUUUUGUUUGCAAUAAAGGAAACAAGGAAAGAGAACUUCCAACUAAAUUUCGACAUGAUUCUGUUAAAGAAAAACUUUUUUCGAUAGCUAACCUUAAUCCAGUUUCUAAAAGAACUUCAAUUGGCUCAACUUGUAUAACUGCUGGAAAAGGUCCUCAAAUUAGCUAUGAAGAGCCUCCUUGUACAAAAGAGUCAAAGUCAAGUGUACGAAAGUCUUUGGAAAACACUUGUGACAAUUUUCCAAAGUUUGUACCAUGUACUGCACUUGAGAAUUAUACAAUUAAUGAAAGAGAGUCGUGGACAAAGGGAGAAAAUAACAUUGUUUCCACUACAAAAUCAGAUGAGAUCAAGGAAGAAUCAUUGACCUUUAUAGAAACUGCUUUUGCCAACAAUCAGUCUUCAGGAGCAGUAGGUGGUAAAUCCUCAGUACAACCUUGCAUUUCUGAAGAAAAGUUUUCUAAAGAGAUCGGAAUCUGCGGAGUAAUAGAAUCAGAUUCCGAGUCUGAAUCAUGGUUAGCAAGCAUGAAGUGUGUUAGUGGUUUGCAGCCAACCUUGUCUGAUGUGCCAUGUUUUGAGGGUACUCCUGCAAUGUUUAUAUUAAAACCAGAACACGAGGAAACUCACUUUUCAGACAAAGGUAGAAAAAAUAAUAAUAAUAUGCAGCUACUGGGAAAUGAUGAAAGUGCUGGUGCAGAUUUUCCCUGUGAAAAGGUAAUAGAUGAAAUUAUGAAAGAUGUAGAAACUAUAAUACCUCUGGAUGAUAGUAAAUGUGAUACAGGAAGAGAAUUUGUAACAGAGUCCUGUAGGGAAGCAAUCGGACUAAACAAAGGAGCAGAAAAUAUGACAAAAAGUGAUUUGAAAGAAGUUCUUAAUGCUGGUACGAAUGACACAGAAGUCGGCUAUGCAGAAAAUCGAGAAUGUAGUUUAGGCAAAGAAAUAUCAUUUGGUCGCACAGCAGUUAUCAAUGAAAGGGCAGCUAUAAUUACUCAGCAGCAAAGAGGUACUCGUCAGACUCGUACUACUCAUUUCCCUCUUGAUAUCAUUUGCAAUACAAAAAUGCAUUAUCAGCAGGCUCGUCAAAAGUUGACAGUUUCUGAAUGUUCUCCUUUAGAGCAAGAAGAUUGGACUUGUAGAUUAUCUUCAUUAGAUUAUGUUCACCCUCUAGGACAUAAUAGUGCAACUGGUUGUACAACAAUGAGAUCGAAGUCAGCUUCUAGAAUUGGUUCUGGUCUCAUCAGGCAAGAGAUGGAAGAGAGUGAAUACAAAAAUGUAACGGGACAAAAGGUAAAUCCAGUCACACAUCACCAGUCAGGGGUUGAAAUUGGCCUCAGAAAAAAUAUACCAUUACCACCCUUUCCAUGUCCACCGGUGGCCCCUCUUGAUGCUGCUCUUACUAACAGGAUUAAGUUGACUAUAGAUUCCUGUAAUAGAUCUCCAUCACCAACAGGCAGUAUAUCACCAAAACUGUCAGUUUUGGAUGAGACUUCAACACUUAGUGUAAUUACAUCAGUGGUUGAGUCGGAAAAAUGUGCCGAUGUUAGUAAUGACAGUGUUUCCACUCAGAAAGAUGACAUCAAAGAAAAUGUUGCAGUAUCUGCAAUAUGUGGUGAAAUGUCAGUGCACAUAGCAGACAUCAGUAAAGAAAAGUAUGUAGAAAAUGAUGCGCAUCCUGCCCACAAUGGAAAUACUGCAAGUGUUUUAGGUAAUAUCAAGGAAGUGUGUGUAGACAGAAGCUCAAUUUUGGAAGGAUCUUUAGCAAAGUCUACCAGUGAAACACUCAGCUGUGAUGAGGGCAGCAUGUAUGAUGAGUUAAAGUCUAAAACAAAAGGAAUACAUAUGGAUUUGAAGACUCCUUCCACAGCAUCAAAAUCUCACAUCACUUUUUCAAAGUCAGAAGCUUAUCCUAUAACCAGUACAUUACUGCCGCCAGAUUCUGCAGACAUAGAUAUUUUGAAAUCUGCUGUUCAUAAUAAAAGAGCUUCAUUACUACUCUAUGAAACAAAUCUUUUGUACAUAGAUGAAGGAGAAUCAAAUGUAGAUUUAAAUGAUAGUCAAACUAUCACCCCAUCAAAACUACAGGAGUUUGUGUUACCUUCAACAAAUGAAGAACAGAAAUCUAAAUCAAAAGAUUCAGUUAGUUACAAUGGUAACAAAAGAACUAGAAAAGAUCCAGAAGAAAAUCUAUUUCAAAACAGAAAAGAAGCCGACACAGAAAAUAUGGUAAUGGAAAGUACACAAGCAAAAAUACAAGCACAGAAGAACGAACGUAGCAGCAGUCAGUUAGGCAAUUCAGAAUUGACGAAUGAAUAUAAACUAGAUAAAAUUCCAGGGUGUGAAGCAGGCUCUGGUGAAACUGAGAAUGAACCCAAAUCUGGGUUAAGUGGAAAAGUUUCAGAAGAAAGUAUUGUACAAUCACAAAUAUUACGGAUAAAAGCUGAUGUGAGUUCUAUAUCAAAUUUGGAUAAAUCAGUUCUUUCAAAAGAAGAUUCAGAGCUUAACGUAGAUGAUGGUUUGAAAAUUAAAAUAAGUUCAGAUUCAAUGGUACACGAAUAUUUGCCAAGAAAUGAUAUAAAGUUAGGUAACAUACAGCCAGAUGUGUUUAAAAAUGAUAGCAAAUUAAAUUCAGAAUCUUACUACUCUUCUAAAUCUUCACCUACACCAGUUCCUGAGACAGAAGAACUUGUUAAACUGUUAAUUCUAGGACUGAUUGAAGAGGCUGUGCAAUUUAGUGAGAAUAAAGGCUUGAUUCACGAUGAAAAGCUUGGAGGUUGUUUAGAUAUAAAAACAAUAGAUUCUGGAAAUAAUGCUUUUGAAGAAUGCCGUGAAAAAAGGUUGUUGUUAGGGAGGGAAGAGUCUGCAGAGGAGUACGAACAAGCUCUGGAAGUAAUUACUCCUGACUGUGGAUAUGGUUUUAGCCAUAGUUCUGGUAGUGUUGCCACUGUCGUGAGAGUAGAUAUUCCAAAUUAUCAGCACUGUUCUUCACUAGAAGAUGAUGAAAUAGAGGAAGUAUUUGUUGAUGCAAGGGAUGAUACAAGUGAAACGAAAAGAACUGAUAUUAAUUGGCACAAAAAUAAACAUUCCAUUUUUGCACCUGUGGACCUUCAACAUCCACAAUUUUAUGAUGGCCAAGAUAACCUUGCUGUAGCAGUCAGUUCAUCAAAUGCUUUUUCAAACAUGUCAGACCCAUCAAUUCCAGAAAGAGAAAUGGCUAAAACAGAUAACAACACCAGUAUUGAUGGAAAGAAAUCUUCAAAGUGCCCAAAAGCUGCGGGUUCAAAUACUGGCCAGACACUUGCACUGAAAGCAAACAGUGGGCAUAUUCACGAAGAAGGCUCAGUAUAUUAUGAUGAAAACUUCACUGAUCCUGACCUACUUUCUUCAGUAUGUUCCUCAUCCAGUGGUUGUGAAAUGUCUUGGACUAAUGGAGCUGGACCUGUUGCAUGUAGGGAAUUGUUACCCCUUGAAGAAGAUGAAGAAGUACGUUGGCAAGCAUUAUUAGCUGUAAAUCCUCCUGACAGUGAUGAAGAAAGAACUGGAUAUGAAAGUGAUGAAGAUUUUGACAUUAUGGAUGCAGAAAUGCGUCGACUGGAAGAAAAACUACAACAGUUUGAGCAUGAACUUAAUGAAAGUAAUGACCAAGGUGAAAAAAACCUUUCCCAUAAAAAGCAUUCGUGUGGUCCUUUACUACUUAGAUCACAGGAUUUAGAGGCUUUAAGAAUAUCACCUUUACCUGAAGUUUAUCCAGCAGUCUGUACUGCAAAGACCAAGCAUCUUAGUUUGAUGAGUCGUCUUCAGGUUCGGGAAUAUGAAGAGUCUUGCAGUGGAUCUGGUAGUGACUCUGAUGCAGAUGGGUCAUCAGAAGAUUCUGCAGAUUUUUUUUUUGUUAAAACAAAAAUAAAAUUGAAACCUGGUGAUCGCAAAUGUCGUUCAUUAGAACAGAAACGACCAAAAAAUAACAAUGUUUUAAAUGAAACUAGUAACAUUGAUAUUGGAAGUUCACAGCAAUUCACACAUGAAGAAAGAUUAGAUUUGAGUAGCUUAGCCUUACCAGGGGAAGCAGUAGAUGAUGAUACCACUUGUAGCAGUUGUAAUGCACCUGAUGAAAGUAUCCCUCCCCCUGCCAAUUUUGGAAAUACCCCUGAAGCUAAACUUGAAGUUGUUGAUAAUUUUAGUCUGCAAGAAAAUCCUGGGCGUAUUCUCUUAGCUGAUGGCAAAAGUAUUUGUGAUGAUGUGAUAAGUUGCACCAGUGAAAAACCCCUUCUUGGAUAUAUUUGGCAUGACGAUGAUGGCAUGGCUGCAGUUGAUUUUGAAGGAUUGGAAGAAUUCUGUGGUUAUGAAGGAAAAGGUGCUCUUAUGAUUAUGUUCGAGGAUGAUAUGGAUGAAAAUAAUGUAUGGGAAGGAACUCCAAAGGAUGCUGAAUUACAGUGUAAUUGUCAGGUCUUGCCAAAUGAGCCUUAUCCCAUUGAUGAUCUGAAAGGAAGUGAAAGGUCUUCAGAGCCGAGCCAACACAGUGUAUCAUCAAAGUCUGAGAGAACAUUUGUUUCAGCAUUCAAAAAUAGUUUAAAGAAAGCUACCAAGUACUUGGGACCAAGGAAUGAAAAUAGCUGUAAGAAAAGCAGCCCUAUUAAUUGCCAACUUUUAGAGUGGCAGACACCUGACAACAAUAAUACUCUGGCUGUCCAUGAAUCUUCUCUUAUGUAUUCUAAUGUUCCUUCUCCACUGGAAGGUGAAAGUUGUUCAGGAGUGUAUAAUGUACAACGUGCUCAGCUAACCACAGCUGCAGUAUUUUCUCCUUUCAGCUCAGGAGAAUAUUAUGCCACACCUGCUGUUUGUGUUAAUACGUCUGAUGAGGAUACAGUAAGCCCCACAAUUCCUCCUACAUUGUUACCGCCUGCACCACCUCCUCGGUGGGUUCAGUGGAAUCCCUCAGUAUUUAAGGGGUCUUGUUCGCAACAAAAAGAGUGUUGCAUUCAAGAUAUGCCUUGGUAUGCUUCUGCUUAUGCAUCUACAUUGCCGCGAUCUGCUCAAGGAUGUAAAGAGUUGCCAACUCGGUCACUUCCUACAGAUACAUCGCCAGAUGCUUACAGUCCUACAUCAACAUCAGUAGGUAAUGAAAAUAGUGAAAAUCAGCUUUGUCUGGUAAGCAUUCUUAGUACUGAUUCAAUAAAAGGAGAAGUUAACCAACAGUUAGAGGCUUUAAAAGGUCAGGAAUAUAGUGAUGUUUUUGGGCAGCCAUGCCCUACAAUUUCAGAUUCUGAAAGUUCCCAUAAUUAUGUUGCUAGUGGGGAAUUAGUUACUGACAACCAUGUGCCACUUAAAAGAGGAUGCAAUGAAAACUCUUUGUGUGAGACCCAGUGUCAGUGUCCUGACCAAAGGGUUAUAGAAUGUAAUAUGCUAGAUUACCUCCCUCACCUGGACAGUGUUCCCCAUCCUUCACCAAUGCAUAAGCCUACAUCUGUUAAGCAGCUAAAACGUAAACAGCAGGAAAAGAUCCAGCGAGAGGAAACGGAGGAAGGAACGUCAGCUAUAGGCUGUACUUUCUGUAUGGGAGUUCCAAUUUCUCGCCCACGGCCACUAGAAAACAGUUCUCACUGGCGCCAGUCCAGCCCACACCCUAAAGCUAUCACCGAUCGUCGCUCAUGGCCCCCCAGAAAAUGAUCCAGGAGUGUGCACAACGCUAGCGCACAUUAGGGGAAAGUUUUAGGGUCUUUUGCAAUAAAAUGUAUUUAUGUAGAA